UCCCCGUUUCUCACUACAGCUGCUAAACCAUAGAACAGCAGUGCCCACGGCCUCGGACGGUCGCAGCCAGAUAGUUAUUUGAGCUACAGAUUGUCCGCUGUUUCCCAUCGACUGGGUUGCCUCUCUAGACGGGACCAGGUCGCGAUGUGUCGGUACAGCUUGUUGUGUUUGCUCGCCGCGUUCGUGUACGGCGCCAAGGCGCUCUAUGCGCCGGAUGAGGUGUUUGAGUUGCCUGGCAUGAAGUUUAAACCCAGCUACCGACAGUGGUCCGGCUACCUGCAGGCCAGUCCAGGGAAGUUCCUCCACUACUGGUUCGUCACCUCCCAGGGAAACCCUCUCAAAGACCCAGUCGUCCUCUGGCUCAACGGUGGGCCUGGCUGCAGCUCGUUGGAUGGAUUUCUGUCUGAGAACGGCCCAUUCCAUGUGAUUGAUGACGGGGCCACUCUGUAUGAGAACCCCUACAGCUGGAACCUGGUGGCCAACAUGUUGUACCUGGAGUCCCCUGCUGGGGUGGGAUACUCUUACUCGGACGACAAGAAGUAUGAGACCAACGAUGACCAGGUUGCAGAUGAUAACUACUUAGCGCUGCAGAGUUUCUUCAAGAAAUUCCCUAACUUCACGGAGAGCGACUUCUUCAUCUUCGGAGAGAGUUACGGGGGGAUCUACGCUCCAACACUCAGCCUGCGUGUAGCUACCGAGGGGGCCAUCAAGAUCAACUUCAGGGGCUUUGCUGUGGGCAACGGCCUCAGCAGCUUUGCGCUGAAUGACCAGUCCCUGAUCUACUUCGGCUACUACCACGGCCUGUUCGGCGAGGAUCUCUGGCGUGACCUGAAUGACAAUUGCUGUAAAGAUGGUGUGUGUAACUUCUACAACAACUCAAAAGAGGCUUGCUCCAUCUCUGUGGGCCAGGCGUUUCGUGUGGUGUAUGAGUCUGGGCUGAACGAGUAUGCGCUCUACCUGGACUGUGCAGGCGGAACCAGAUCCCGGACGGCCUAUCAGAGGACCAUGACACACCUGUUCAAGAGCCACAGGCCGCACUGGCAGGCCAAUAACUUGCUGAGCAGUACUCCGACUCUGGGUGAGGUGCCCCCCUGCAUCAACAGCACGGCUCAGAUGAACUGGCUCAACAGGGCUGACGUGAGGAAGGCCCUGCACAUCCCAGACACACUGCCACCAUGGGACAUCUGCAGUGACGUGGUGGGUCAGCAGUACAAGACGGUCUACAGCACGAUGAAGGGUGUGUACGAGAAGCUGCUGUCGCUGGGCGUGCGAGCGCUGGUGUACAACGGAGACACGGACAUGGCCUGCAACUUCCUGGGGGAUCAGUGGUUCGUGGAGCAGCUGGGGCUCAAGACUACUGUUCAGUACCAGCACUGGUUGUGUGAUGAACAGAUCGCAGGCUUCUACCAGCAGUUCGGCAACAUCACGUUCCUCACUGUCAAGGGUGCUGGUCACAUGGUUCCUCAGUGGGCUCCAAGCCCUGCCCUCUCCAUGCUGAAGAGCUUCCUGAAAAAUGGCCCUUACUGAGUGUGCCCCCAACAACCACUUCCUGCUCAUGCCACUCCUGUCCACUGAUUGGUCAUUUUUCUCAGGAAGAGGAGGGGCUUGAGACCUUGUGAAUGAGAUGAUUGUAUAAGCACUGGAUGCUGUAAAGGGACUGGUUUGCUUUUCUGAAUGUGACUAUGUGCCCUGCUUUUGAUAAAAUAAAGUUCUUUCUAAAAGAU